UUAGGCGCGUCACGUGGUUUGCCGAAGGGCGGACCGUUCCCGCGCGAUCCUUGUAUUGGCUGAGUAAUAUCAAUGGAACAAAAUUUGAAAAAAGAACUGUUCUAGAUAAUAUUUAAAUAAUAAUUAUUAGAAGCGAAUUGGUUAAUCUGUUUUCAUUUUAUUGUUUAUAAUUAUGUGAUGUGUUGAAUUACGGACUUGGUUUUAAGGAAAAAGAUGCCUCUUUCAAGAAAGUCAUCGUUUUAACUUGGAACCAAACAUAUGAUACAUAUGAAGCGCAAACCACGAGCCCCAUCAUUCACAUGCGAAGACAUGGAGGACCUGAAUGUGGCCGCGCUAUCCCGUCGAAAAGAGUCUGCAGCGCCUCUGACGGGGGAAAGGGACGCAACAAUCUUCCGUCACUCUCUUACAUACCCUCUCGCUCUAGUACUCAGACUACGGGUUUUACAGAUAGUAUGCGGGAUAUCAGCCAUGGUGAUGGGCAGCGUGGCCUUCAUAGAAGAGAGGCAGAAGUUCAACAUGGGUCUCGGGAUACCAGCUGGUGGUGUUAGCGUGGUUGCUGCUGCUGUGUCAAUCCAUACGUCGCGGGGCUGGGCCGCAGUGGCGGGCGUGGCGGGCGCGGGAGCGGGAGCGGCGAGCGUUUUGUGGGCGGCGGCCGCGUGUCUACUGUUAGCGCUUAUUGUACAAUGCUGCAGGACAAUACUGGACCCGCCUGGACUUGAUCAUAGCGACGCCCCACCAGACGAAGACUCCAGGCCAUCAUCACGCGAUUUGGUUGUUAUCGCGUGCGUGCAAAUCGCUUUGGCAGCGGCGACGCUCCUAAGCGCGGCAGUGUGUGCGCGCAUUGACUGCGGCAAAUGACGUGAGCCGCAGCGCUCCCUGACGCGACGUCGUGUCAGCGAAGCGCCCGCUCCCGCUACCGCCUCCGCUUCUACUGACCGCAAUGUGUCCACACCCGAUGACGUAAUCAUUGAAAGGGAGAAAGGCGGCCGCGUCGCCUGGCUCAUAUAAAAUAUCACACCUAUUCAUCUUUGUUAUGAUGAUGCCCUAUUGAUGAUAGCGUGAUGAAAGGCAUUUGUUGGAUGAUGUGACAAUGGUGAUAUGGAUUUGAAUUUGAUGUGUCAUUUAUUAUUGUAAUGUGGUAAAGACUUUUUGUGAUAUAGUUAAUGUAAAUAAAUGGUCGU